AUGAAAAGUAUUGAUGAUUAUAAAAAAAUAGUAAUUACUUUAAAAAAAAAGGUUAAGUAAUUGCAAUAAGAAAAUAUAGAUUUAAAGAAAGUAUCAUCAUAAAAGGUUUAUGUUUACUCUGACAGAUUUACAGCAAUUAAAUAAUUAAAGAAAGCAGCAAAGAAAUUAGGAUUGACACCUGAGAUGUUUUUCAGGGCAGCUGAUACAAAAUCAAUGGAAAUAGUAACAACUAAACGAUUGGGAGAUAUUUUUAAAACAAUGGCUAAGCUACAUGAUAAUUAUGUAUAAGAGUUGCUUAAGGUUUUUGAUGUUGAAGAUUCAGGUUCAAUUACUAAAGAUGAAUAUUAUUAGACUUUAGAAAUGUAUUAAAUUAAUGAAGAAUAUGGUAGUAAUUAUAAUAGGAAUUCUUAUUCAAAAUUUAUUUAUUUUUUAAAAAAAGAACAAUAUGAUGGAAUAAUAGGAUUUAUAAAGAUGGAUCCAAAUAAAUUGGGUUAUAUAACAAGGGAAAUGUUUGUUGCAUUUACAUAAAGUUUAAAUAAUUGGUAAUAGUAUUUAACUUUAAGAGAAAUUUAUUCUGCAUAUUAAUAUAUGGACAUAUCAGAGAAUGAAUAAAUUUCAAGAGAAGAAUAUUUAUAAGCAUUCGAUAAAUUACCUGCAAUUCCUAAAGUUGGUUAAAUAUAAGAAUAGAAAAUAAAUAUUUUGAGAAAAGUGCUUUUAAUAAAGGGAGUUAAAUUAAGCAGUUUUGUUUUAGAAUUAAUGCUCUCUAUUCAAUAGCCUGAACUUGGAGUUACAAUUGAAGUUUUUUAUAAUGUAACCAAAAAAUAUUUGGAUUAAAAAGAAACCUUAGCAUUAUUUAAAUUAAUGGAUCAUUAAGAGAAAGGUUCAAUAGAUUAUGAUGAAAUUAUGAGUUUUUAUUACAUGACUAUGAGUUAUGGAGAUUCAUUUGAAAUUUUAUUCACUGUUUUGGCAAGAAAAUUACAAGCAAUGAAUAUUUCAAUUGAGAGAUAUUUGAAAUAAGAAUAAAUUUAUGCAGAAACACAAUUAACAUUUGAAUAAUUUAAUUUAAUAGCUAAUGAUUUAUUUAAUACUCCUAAUUACGAAAUAUCUGAAAAAUUAUUUUAAGCUUUAGAUCUUGAUAAUUCUGGUAUUGUAUCAGCAUAAGAAAUAAUUACAUAUACAAACGAAUCAUUAAAAGAAUAUAAUUUAUUAUUAAGAUAAAAAACAAAAACAUAAUCAACUUUGAUGUUUGAAGAUUUCGAUUCUACAUAAAUUGAGAUAGCAAAUUUAGAUGUUGAUGAAUAAUUAUUAUUUGAAUUAAAAAAAUACAAAACUUCUUUUAGUGAUAAAGAUAGAUUUGAAAAGUUUCAAUAUAUUUUAACGAAUGAAAUAUCUUGUUUAAUAAUUUGUCUAUAAAUAGUAUAAAAUAUAAAAUUGAACAAAUAAAAAUAUUGGGAAGAUCCUGAAUUUGGAUCUAGUUAAACAGAUCCAUAUGGUUCAAAUGCAAUUUACAGAGUUGAGAAUUUACCAAUAUAAGGUUGGCCAGACGCAAAAGAUAUUUGUUGGUAAAGGAUCUCUGAAAUAUGUAGUGAUUGGGUUUUUAUGGAUGAAAAUGGUGCAAAUGCCAAUGAUGUAAUCUAAUCACAUUAUUUAGGAGAUUGCUGGUUAAUAUCAGCAUUAACAAUAAUAGCAAGUAAUGAUAAGUAUUUGGUAGAUGAAAAUGAUAUAAGUAAAGGAUUAUAUCCAAAAUUAUUUCAUUUUUUUAAGAAAUAUGGAAUUAUAGUUAUUAAAUUUAAUAAAAUGUUUAGAGAUAUUUAUGUAAUAAUAGAUGAUAGAUUUUGUACUUAUAAUAAUAAAUUGUUAUUUGCAGAAUGUAGAAGUGAAAGAGAAUGGUGGGUAUAAAUAAUUGAAAAAGCAUAUGCUAAAUUACAUUCUUGUUAUGAAGCACUUACAUCAGGUGAUAUAUCUUAAGCAUUAUUUGAUUUUACAGGUAUUCCUUGUACAAGAUAUAUUAUUGAUAAUAAUUAUAAUGAUUAUGAUAAUGAUAAAACUAUUUAAGAACGAAAAGAAUAAUUAUUAAAGAUAUUUUAAAUUGCAAAAUAAUCUAACUCUUUAAUGGGAUGUUCUGCACAUGGAACAGGUUAAGUAUUAUUAAAUGGAGAAGAAACUGGAUUAUAUAAAGGACAUGCUUAUAGUAUUUUGCAUUAUUUUUAAUUAAAAGAUGAUCAAUCAAGAAUACAUAAAUUAAUUAUGCUAAGAAAUCCAUGGGGUUUUGGAGAAUGGAAACUUAAAUGGUCAGAUUAUAGUAUUUAAAUGAGUGAAAAUUUAGAUUCUAUUAAAUCAUACUUUGAUAAUGAAAUAUAAAGAUGUAAUUAAUAAGGAGUUGAACCUCCUGAUUAAUAUACUUAAGGAGAAGAUGGAAUUUUCAUUAUGAAUUUUAAAAGUUUUUACAAUAUUUUUAAUACUCUUUUCUAUAGUGUCAAUUUAGAUGAUAAAUGGUCUGUUAUGAGAAUCUAUGAUAGUUUUAAUAAAGAACAUAUAGGUACACCUACUUUAAAUGAAAGAUCUCAAGCUCUUUAUCCUUAUAGAAAUCCUAAAUAUACUAUUCGAAUUAAUCAUCCAUUUCCUAAUAAAAGAAUUUAUAUCACUCUCUCUUAAAGAGAUGGAAGAUUAGAUCGUUUAGCUAAAUAUCCUUAUGAAACUAAACUUGUUAAAAUUAUCAUGUGUCUAUUUUAAUUACAACAACAUGAAACUGAACUAACUAAAUAUGAUUCUUCAAAGAAAGUUCUUGAUUCAAAACUUCUUUCUUCUAGAAGAGAUAUUGAUAUGGAAAUAUUCUCUGUUUAAAAUGCUACCUAUGUUCUCAUCCCAUCUGCACAUGUAAUUAUUUGUCAUUAUUUUUAGUAACCUAAUAUAACUGGAGAUUAUGUUAUUUCUAUUUAUUUUGAUUUCCCACCUAAUGGUAUAAUCAUAGAAAGUAAUACAGAAUAAUAAUUUCUGUUGCAACCUAAAAUAUUUACAUCUCUUAUGCAAAAUCCAACACUUUUCAAGUUAUUUAAUUAAUUGUGA